GACGGACAGACUGCCUAUUAGGUCACACCAAGUCGUUCAAAUUCUCACCAACUUGUUCACACUUUUUCAAAAUUGGUGAAAACAACAAAUUAUAUUUUGUAUCGUUGUAUCAAUAUAAGCCAAAAAGAAUAAUUAGUGAAUGUCACGCCACUAUAAUAUAUUUUAUUAUUGGUCUUUCAAUGCUAAAAUCAGGAUAAAAAAAGGUAUUUUAUCCAUGGUUUUAAUCAAUAUAAUUCUCACCAUUACUUUGUGUUGUAUUUGCAACCUUUUGUAAAUCAAAAAUAAUUCCACCAUAUUAAGAAUGUCAACAAAAGCCGGCCCUGCAUGCAACCUUUCUCUCAGUGCAACUAAAAUUUUAUUGAUACACGCCAGAAAUGUGCGAGACUUUUCUCAGUGUACUCGCGUGUACACUUGCCAACUCGAUACUAAAAUUAAGUAAGUACAUGCUAACAACAAAAGAAUCGCCGUCCGUGUCGGUUCUUGUGAGAGAUAUGUAUUCUUUGAUUAAAGUAUCCUGUAAUAAAGGAUCCUUUAUUUGCCGGUGGCAAUAACUGGGUAAUAUUUCGAUUAACCUGAUUUCGGACGUUAACCGUAACAUAUAUACCAAUAACGUAUGUCGUAGAUAUAUUAAUAUUAUGUGACACAUGACAGAAGCUCCAAACAAAUGUGAAAAGCCCUAUUGACAGUUCAUUGCUAUAAUAAUAAUCCAUAUCUUGUUAUUAUUCUCUAUAUUAUAAUCCAUAUCUUCUUGUUAUUUCUCUAUGAUCCAUAUAAUAUAAAUAAUCCAUAUAUUUAAAUAGUCCAUAGUAUUUGCUUAAAAUUUAUAAACAAUUUUAUAUAACAUGGAAAUAAAACAAGAAACUAGUGAGAAAACCUGUAAAACAGAAAUAGGUUUUGGCCCUUUGGAUUUAGAUGCUUUCAAAAUCGAAAUUAAGGAAGAACCCAAGAGAGAAAGUGUAGAGGAGACUGAGGCAUUUGAUUAUGUAGACUCCAAUGAAUUUCUGGUAAACACUGAACAAGAUGAAUAUAAAUUUACAUUUGAAGAAAAGCAAACAACAAGUGAAGAAAAUUGUCCCCAGGUGGAGAAUAACAUGAAAAUUGAGGAGACGUUACAUUCAUCUCAUAAAGAAAAAUGUACAGGUCAACAACCAGAAGGAAAAAAUUUAAAUAAAGUUAUGAAAGUUGGGACUGAGAAGAGAUCUUUCAAAUGUGAAAUUUGUUGUAAGCAGUUUAACCGUGCACAUAGUUUAAAAAUACAUUUGAGAGUGCACACUGGAGAAAAACCAUACAAGUGUAAAAUUUGUUGUAAGCAGUUUAACCAUGAACAGAGUUUAAAAAUACAUUUGAGAGUACACACUGGAGAAAAACCGUACAAGUGUGAAACUUGUUUGAAGCAAUUUAGUCAAGCAAGUAAUUUAAAACUACAUUUGAGAGUGCACACUGGAGAAACACCACACAAGUGUGAAAUUUGUUUUAAGCAAUUUAGUCAAGGAGUUAAUUUAAAACAGCAUUUGAGAGUGCACACUGGAGAAAAACCAUACAAGUGUGAAAUUUGUUUUAAGCAGUUUAAUCGUGAACAUAGUUUAAAAAUACAUUUGAAAGUACACAUUGGAGAAACACCACACAAGUGUGAAAUUUGUUUUAAGCAAUUUAGUCAAGCAAGUAAUUUAAAACUACAUUUGAGAGUGCACACUGGAGAAACACCACACAAGUGUGAAAUUUGUUUUAAGCUAUUUAGUCAAGGAGUUAAUUUAAAACGGCAUUUGAGAGUGCACACUGGAGAAGAACCAUACAAGUGUGAAAUUUGUUUUAAGCAGUUUAGUGAAGCAUGUAAUUUGAAAAAACAUUUGAGAGUGCACACUGGAGAAACACCUUACAAGUGUGAAAUCUGUUCUAAGCAAUUUAACAGAGCAGGUAAUUUAAAAACACAUUUGAAAGUGCACACUGGAGAAACACCUUACAAGUGUGAAAUUUGUUUUAAGCAAUUUAGUCAAGGAGUUAGUUUAAAACGGCAUUUGAGAGGGCACACUGGAGAAAAACCAUACAAAUGUGAAAUUUGUUUUAAGCAGUUUAAUCGUGAACAUAGUUUAAAAAGACAUUUGAGAGUACACACUGGAGAAAAACCGUACAAGUGUGAAACUUGUUUGAAGCAAUUUAGUCAAGCAAGUCAUUUAAAACUACAUUUGAGAGUGCACGCUGGAGAAAAACCGUACAAGUGUAAAAUUUGUUGUAAGCAGUUUAACAAUGAACAGAGUUUAAAAAGACAUUUGAGAGUACACACUGGAGAAAAACCGUACAAGUGUGAAAUUUGUUUUAAGCAAUUUAGUCAAGCAAGUUAUAUAAAACUACAUUUGAGAGUGCACACUGGAGAAACACCACACAAGUGUGAAAUUUGUUUUAAGCAAUUUAGUCGAGGAGGUAAUUUAAAACGGCAUUUGAGAGUGCAUACUGCAGAAAAACCAUACAAGUGUGAAAUUUGUUUUAAGCAGUUUAAUCGUGAACAUAAUUUAAAAAUACAUUUGAAAGUACACACUUAAGAAGACCUUUACAAAUGUGAAAUUUGUUUUAAACAGUUUAGUGAAGCAUGUAAUUUGAAAACACAUUUGAAAGUGCACACUGGUGAAACACCUUACAAGUGUGAAAUCUGUUCUAAGCAAUUUAGUCAAACAGUUAAUUUAAAACGACAUUUAGAGUGCACACUGGAGAAAAACCAUACAAGUGUGAAAUUUGUUUUAAGCAGUUUAAUCGUGAACAUAGUUUAAAAAUACAUUUGAGAGUACACACUGGAGAAGACCUUCACAAGUGUGAAAUUUGUUUUAAACAGUUUAGUGAAGCAUGUAAUUUGAAAACACGUUUGAGAGUGCACACUGGAGAAACACCUUAAAGUGUGAAAUCUGUUUUAAGCAAUUUAGUCAAGCAGGUAACUUAAAACACAUCUGACAGUGCACACUGGAGACACACCACAGUAGUGUGAAAUUUGUUUUAAGCAGUUUAUUACAUUAAGUAUGUCGAAUGUACCGGGUGUCCCAAUAAUGGCCCUCGGCCAUCUCAUGAACCGCUUAUAGUACAGCUUUGAGAAAAAAAAAUUAUAACAAAGUUGCCUCGAGAAAAGUCUGAAUAUUAUUUUCAUAAUUGUAGGUUUACCGCUAGAGGGCAUAAUUGAAUAUCAAAAAUUAAAAUUUUACAAAAUUCGCCUUAUGAAAGGGCACGGGAUAUCCGAUCAUCUUGUUCUUCAUAAAAUUCUACUCAUUUUGAUUUCACAAGUUUAAGUCUCUCUUUGCAAAUAAGAGGUAGGGGUGAGUGGGAACCUUGUAUUCAAAAAUGGCUGUCGGUCUGGUUCUGCUAAAUCGAAUUUCACAAACUUGGUCUAGUUGAAAUCAACUCGUUUUCGUCAGUGUAAGAGUUAUAAUUUCUAAACAGCCUAAUAAGUACUAUGCCAGCUAGGAGGCGCUGUUUAAUUUUUUUCAGAUAUCUAGUUGUUUAUGCCCUCUUAAUUCCUUUAUUUUUGCCUUUUUUAUUACGUGGCAACGUGGUAGUUUUAUACCAAUAUAUCCACAUAUCAUCAUACGAUAAACCUCAGUCGCCAAACAGCCGUCGCAAGGCACAUUCUCCCAAGAAAAAGGUUCGUAAAAUCGUUCGUCUUCAAACACCACGGCCGAGUCAUAGGGUGAGACAAUCCCUUAGCGUGCAUCGUAAUCUCUUCAAAGUGGUCGUGUUUAGACAGUUCAAAGUGUAACGGACUUAUCUUAUAUUUUACUGUUUAAUUUUAGUGUCUUGGAGAUAAUAAAGUCAAUAUCUCUCA